AUGGAAUUUGUGGAUCAUGGAAAUCCACUGAUAAAGCAAAUCAGUCAUUGAUAUCCAUAAAAAUUUAGAUUAAUACUCUUCCAUCUUUGGUCUGCCACUUUCCCAGAAAGAGGGAAGAUUUUCGUGAGAGUCAUACUGGUACCAGGUAAAAGUCAGAAAGCUCCAACUUGGCAAGUUACAUAAGAAGAAAUUCAUUUUGAAACGGCACGUCUUACGUAGUACAAAUAGCUAUCUUUGCCUACAGGGCGACACCACCAAUGUCCAUUACUUAUCCAGAGUUACCGGAACAGACUUGAAAAUUACGCUCUAAUAUCCCAUGGGAAUAGAAUAAAAGGAAACACAGGUCGCAGACAAAUAGCAGUUUGUAUUCUCUUCAGAGCAAAGAGGAAGGAAAAAAAAAAAAGAAACUCCUUCUAAUAUAUAUAUAUAUAUAGUCCUUAAUGAACUGAAAGAAAGAUGCCUGCUUGUGAAGAUCCUGUUGACAAAAGGCUUAUGGCACCCCAACUCAAUUUGGCUUCUGAACAUGCUUUCAAAGCAAUACUAACGAGUCUUCCCAAGCCUGGGGGUGAAGAGUUUGGCAAAUUCUAUAGCUUACCUGCUUUGAAUGAUCCAAGAAUUGACCGUCUGCCAUACUCCAUAAGGAUCCUUUUGGAAUCUGCUAUUCGUAAUUGUGACAACUUUCAAGUUACCAAGGAUGAUGUUGAAAGGAUUAUUGAUUGGGAGAAUACAUCACCAAAGCAAGUUGAAAUCCCCUUCAAGCCUGCUCGUGUUCUCUUACAUGAUUAUACUGGAGUUCCAGCUGUGGUUGACCUUGCUAGCAUGCGAGAUGCUAUGAAGAAUCUUGGCAAUGAUCCAAACAAGAUUAAUCCACUGGUCCCUGUGGACUUUGUUGUUGAUCAUUCAGUUCAGGUUAAUGUUACAAGAUCUGCAAAUGCCGUACAAGCAAACAUGGAACUUGAAUUUCAGAGGAACAAAGAGAGAUUUGCUUUCAUUAAAUGGGGUUCAUCUGUUUUUCAAAACAUGCUUGUUGUUCCUCCUGGUUCAGGAAUUCUUCACCAGGUUAACCUGGAAUACCUUGGACGUGUUGUCUUCAACAAGGACGGAAUACUAUUUCCUGACAGCGUGGUCGGUACUGAUUCCCAUACAACAAUGAUAGAUGGGUUAGGAGUUGCUGGCUGGGGAGUUGGAGGAAUUGAAGCAGAGGCAGCAAUGCUGGGCCAGCCCAUGAGCAUGGUAUUGCCUGGUGUUGUUGGAUUCAAGUUGUCUGGGAAAUUGCAAGAUGGUGUCACAGCUACCGAUCUGGUUUUGACUGUGACACAGAUGUUGAGGAAGGAUGGUGUUGUUGGCAAAUUUGUUGAGUUUUAUGGUUAGGGUGUGGCUGAAUUAUCAUUGGCUGAUCGAGCCACAAUUGCAAAUAUGUCUCCUGAAUAUGGAGCAACCAUGGGCUUUUUCCCUGUAGAUCAUGUAACACUGCAGUACCUUAAGUUAACUGGCAGAAGUGAUGAGACAGGGUCAAUGAUAGAAGCAUGUUUGCGAGGGAAUAAGAUGUUUGUCGACUUCAAUGAGCCUCAACAAGAAAGAGCAUAUACUUCUUAUCUCCAUUUGGACCUUGCUGACGUUGAACCCUGUGUUUCAGGGCCAAAAAGGCCUCAUGACCGAGUCCCUUUGAAAGAAAUGAAGGCUGACUGGCAUGCAUGUCUUGAUAAUAAACUUGGAUUCAAAGGUUUUGCUGUGCCAAAGAAAGAACAGAAUAAGGUUGCAAAGUUCACCUUUCAGGGACUGCCUGCUGAACUUAAGCAUGGUAGUGUUGUCAUUGCAGCUAUUGCAAGUUGUACAAACACAUCAAAUCCUAGUGUCAUGCUUGGAGCUGGACUUGUUGCUAAGAAGGCCUGUGAGUUCGGUUUGGAGGUUAAGCCAUGGGUUAAAACCAGUCUUGCUCCUGGUUCUGGAGUUGUGACAAAAUAUUUGCUCCAGAGUGGGUUGCAGAAAUACCUGAACCAGCAGGGCUUUAAUAUUGUUGGCUAUGGUUGUACAACUUGUAUAGGAAAUUCUGGAGAACUCGAUGAAUCAGUUGCUUCAGCAAUUUCAGAAAAUGAUAUUGUUGCUGCGGCUGUUCUUUCCGGAAAUAGAAACUUUGAAGGUCGAGUUCAUCCACCGACAAGAGCUAACUAUCUAGCUUCACCUCCAUUAGUUGUUGCCUAUGCCCUUGCUGGCACGGUUGAUAUUGACUUCGAGAAAGAGCCUAUAGGAACAGGAAAAGAUGGUAAGAGCGUGUAUUUCAGGGAUAUAUGGCCUAGCAAUGAAGAGAUUGCAGAGUUGGCUCAAUCGAGCGUGUUGCCUGAUAUGUUCAAGAGCGCAUAUGUAGCUAUCAGAAAGGGCAAUCCUAUGUGGAAUCAGCUUGCUGUCCCUGCUUCCACUCUCUACUCUUGGGACCCAAACUCGACAUAUAUUCAUGAGCCUCCAUACUUCAAAAACAUGACAGUAGAACCACCAGGCCCGCAUGAAGUGAAAGAUGCAUAUUGCUUACUCAAUUUUGGUGACAGUAUUACUACCGAUCAUAUUUCCCCAGCUGGUAGUAUCCACAGGGAUAGCCCUGCUGCUAAGUAUCUUCUUCAGCGUGGAGUGGACCGGAGGGACUUCAAUUCUUAUGGUAGUCGUCGAGGCAAUGAUGAAGUGAUGGCAAGGGGUGCAUUUGCCAAUAUCCGCAUAGUUAACAAGAUCUUGAAGGGAGAAGUUGGUCCAAAGACAAUUCACAUUCCAAUAGGAGAUAAGCUUAAUGUACAUGAUGCAGCAACAAGGUACAAGGCUGCUGGGCAGGACACUAUUAUCUUAGCUGGAGAAGAUUACGGAAGUGGCAGCUCACGAGAUUGGGCUGCCAAGGGCUCAAUGUUACUGGGAGUCAAAGCUGUGAUUGCUAAGAGCUUCGAGAGAAUCCAUCGCAGUAAUCUGGUUGGCAUGGGGAUCAUUCCACUUUGUUUCAAGCCUGGUGAGGAUGCAGAUUUUCUACGAUUAACAGGUCAUGAGCGUUAUACAAUUGACCUUCCAAGUAAAAUAAAGGAGAUAAGACCUGGCCAAGAUGUUACCAUCACAACUGACACCGGCAAAUCCUUCACAUGCACUGCCCGGUUCGAUACAAAGGUGGAAUUGGAGUACUUCAAUCAUGGAGGCAUUCUUCCAUAUGUCAUUCGUAACCUGAACAAGGAUUAGGCAAUCUAGCUUCAAAUCAGCAGCCUCUUCACAUUGCAAUCUCCAUUGAUUGAAGUUUUUCUGGGGUAGUGGGGUUCUUCAGCAGACAAUCAGUAGCACAGAUUUUUCAAGGUUCUCAGUAAUACCAGGAAAUGCACUGCUGUUUAGGUUACUGGGGAAUUGGGGUUGUUCAUAUCUGUUGUUAAUUAGAGUAGGAAAAGAAGAAAAUGAUAAUGGAUGUUCUUAUUUUUGGAUAAAAGAAAAAACUUAAAUUUUAUCUUUUAAGAAGAUAUGAAUUGAUUCGAAGAUCAAGUAAAUAGUUUUUCUGA